AUGAUGAAUGUGAAGAAGCGUCAAGCUCAAGAGGCACCUGUUUCAUUGGAAUGUGAAGAAGCGUCAAGCUCAAGAAGCACCGUGUUGGAGAAGAGAAAAGCAAAUCAUGGGGUUGCUGAUGGUGUUGGUGGAUGGGCUAGGAAAGGCAUCGACGCUGGUGAUUAUGCCCCUAAAGGGUCAUCCACUGCAUCCAUUGUUAGUCUUCAGAAAAAUGUCUUGCAUGGUGUCAAUGUUGGUGACAGUGGCUUGAUGUUGUUCAGAAACAACACAAUGUUGUUUCAGUCCCCCAUUCAGCAGCGCAAAUUCAACACUCCGUUUCAAUUGGGGAAUGCUGUGAGGAGUGAUCGUCCAGACUUUGCCGUGGAGUAUCAGGUUCAUGUUGAGAGCCAUGGGAUGUUCUAG